ACAAGAACAUAGAUAAACGACUUUGUCGUUUCAUAAACUUUAGAUAAUCAGGACAACUCAGUCCAUGGCCGCCGUGUUUCGAAGUCGGCAUUCUUAGAAUGGCAUUGAGAACGUCGAGCUUACUGACAGUCGUCCAAUUUGAGGCUGAAAAUUCCAACGGUGCACCUGCUCCACGGAUUCCGAGCCCCUUGCCCCGUCUCUCCUUCCCUAAGCCCUGUUGGGUCGUCAGGACGGAGUCAAAUGUUAGGAAAGAAGUAAGAAAGAAGCCAGAUCCACCUUGUGUAGUCUGUAAAGGGAGUGGAAGGACUGAUUGCCAUCAUUGUCGUGGAAGGGGAAGGACGAACUCUGUGCAUUUAGCAAUGCUUCCUAAGGGCGAGUGGCCAAAAUGGUGCAGGACUUGUGGUGGAAGUGGUCUCAGCUACUGCUCUCGCUGCGUUGGGACUGGGGAGUAUAGGUAUAUAAUGGGCUUCCAUUUCAUGAAGAUGGAUGUCAAUCACACCCAAGAUCAGAAAAAGUAUGAGGUCCAAGGUGACCGAGAACGCUGUAGCGAUGCAGAUUUACUUCUAAAUGAAGAAUAAUCAAAUUCAAUGAUGGCUUAAAACUAGGUUUUGUUCCAACUCUUCUUUCCAAAAUGCAGUUCAUUUUAAAGCAUGUAAAACUAGCGUUUGUAAUGGUGAGACAUCAAAACAAUAAAACUAUGCAGCCAAUUUGUCAAACUAACCAUGUAGCUAUUUUUUAAUCCCAGGAUUCAGGAAGCAUGUAUUUGCAACUAGAUCGCCAUAGGAAAACGUCGUACAAUGUGGUUAAAUUCCUGUUGAUACGAUCAUAGUUUGAGAACCA